AUGGACGCCUUCAAGGGGGGCAUGAGCCUGGAGCGGCUGCCGGAGGGACUCCGGCCGCCGCCGCCGCCGCACGACAUGGGGCCUGCCUUCCACCUGGCCCGCGCCGCAGACCCCCGCGAGCCCCUGGAAAACUCCGCCAGCGAAUCGUCCGACACGGAGCUGCCAGAGAAGGAGCGCAGCGGAGAAGUCAAAGGGCCAGAGGACAGCGGCGCAGGAGGCACGGGCUGCGGCGGCGCGGAGGACCCGGCCAAGAAGAAGAAGCAGCGGCGGCAACGCACGCACUUCACAAGCCAGCAGUUGCAAGAGCUGGAGGCCACGUUCCAGAGGAACCGCUACCCCGACAUGAGUAUGCGGGAGGAGAUCGCGGUGUGGACCAACCUCACCGAGCCGCGCGUGCGGGUCUGGUUCAAGAACCGGCGAGCCAAGUGGCGGAAGCGCGAGCGUAACCAGCAGCUGGACCUGUGCAAGGGCGGCUACGUGCCGCAGUUCAGCGGCCUGGUGCAGCCCUACGAGGACGUGUACGCCGCUGGCUAUUCCUACAACAACUGGGCCGCCAAGAGCCUGGCGCCAGCGCCGCUCUCCACCAAGAGCUUCACCUUCUUCAACUCCAUGAGCCCGCUGUCGUCGCAGUCCAUGUUCUCGGCACCCAGCUCCAUCUCCUCCAUGACCAUGCCGUCGAGCAUGGGCCCCGGCGCCGUGCCCGGCAUGCCCAACUCGGGCCUCAACAACAUCAACAACCUCACCGGCUCUUCGCUUAACUCGGCCAUGUCGCCAGGCGCCUGCCCGUACGGCACGCCCGCCUCGCCCUACAGCGUCUACCGGGACACGUGCAACUCGAGCCUGGCCAGCCUGCGGCUCAAGUCCAAGCAGCACUCCUCGUUCGGCUACGGCGGCCUGCAGGGCCCGGCCUCGGGCCUCAACGCGUGCCAGUACAACAGCUGACC